GUGCAGCACCAGCUGCCUUGCAGACACUCGCGGACUUUUUCCCGCGUGCUUCUCCCUCCUUCCAGGCAUUCGUGUUUCCGUUUUCUGAAGGCUCUUUGGUUUUUCCACCUUUGUAAGGCCCUUCGCGCCCAGUGAUCCAGUGACGUCAUCUCUUUGCGCUGCGUGGACACCCGCUGUUGGAAGAGGGAACUGCUUCCCUGCCCUUCACUGCUUUCGUUGGGCUGCUGCUCACCCGGAAUAAUGGCGUUGUCACUGUGGAAGGGACUGGUGGGCAUUGGCCUCUUUGCCCUAGCCCACGCGGCCUUUUCCGCUGCUCAGCAUCGUUCUUAUAUGCGAUUAACAGAAAAGGAAGAUGAAUCACUGCCAAUAGAUAUAGUUCUUCAGACACUUCUGGCCUUUGCGGUUACCUGUUAUGGUAUAGUUCAUAUUGCAGGGGAGUUUAGAGACAUGGAUGCCACUUCAGAACUAAAAAAUAAGACAUUUGACACAUUAAGGAAUCACCCAUCAUUUUAUGUAUUUAAUCACCGUGGUAGAGUACUGUUCCGGCCUUCAGACACAACAAAUUCUGCAAACCAAGAUGCAUUAUCCUCUAACACAUCUUUGAAGUUACGAAAACUUGAAUCACUGCGUCGUUAAGAUUUUUACAAAUCAUAACAACCAUACAGGACACAGAGCUGGAAUAUUGGAGUUUGGGGUAUAAAACACUCCCCCAUCAGUAUUUAUAUUGAUCUUUUAGACCUAAUUUUAAAAAGUCUGUGACCCUUGUUUGUACACUGUAAUCAAAUUAUUAUUUUUUUGGAGAAUUUCAAGAUUUAUUUAUUUUUUUUUAAUUGAAUUUAUUGGGGUGAUAUUGGUUAAUAAGAUUAUAUAGGUUUCAGGUGUACAAUUCUAAUAUACAUCAUCAUGUAUAUUGUGUGUCCACCACCACAAGUCAAAUCUCCUUUCAUCACCAUUUAUUCCCCCGUUUACCCUCUUCUACAUGCCCCCACCCUUUUUCCCCUCCAGUAUUACCAUACUGUUGUCUGUGUCUGUGAGUUGUUUUUUUUGGCUUAAUCCCUUCACCUACUUUGCCCAGCUCGCCAGCCCCCACCCUCUGACAGCUGUCAGUGUUCUCUAUCUAUGAGUCUGUUUCUAUUUUAUAUGUUAGUUUAUUUUGUUCAUUAGAUUCCACAUAAAAGUGAAAUCAUAUGGUACUUCUCUUUCUCUGACUGGCUUAUAUAACUUAGCAUAAUACUCUCCAUCCAGGUCGAUUCAUGCUGUCACAAAAGGUAAGAUUACCUUCUUUUUUACUGCUGUGUAAUAUUCCAUUGUGUAAAUGUACCACAGCUUUUUUAACCACUCAUCCCCUAGUGGGCACUUGGGCUGCUUCUAGACCUUGGCUAUUGUAAAUAGCACUGCAAUGAACAUGAAAUUAUUGAUGCAGUAUAAAUUAUCUGUGAAAUGAGUCUUUGCUCUUUCAUAGUCUUCUUUUUUUCAUUUAAAACAAAUUUACAUUUUUUGUAAGUCACUCUUUUGAACACAUUUCUUUGGAAAAAAUGUUUUGUAAUUAUUUAUUAGAUUUCUUUUCUUUUGCACUUCAGUUUCUAGGAUCCUUUGGAAACAGUGUGACUACUGCAUUUUGCAGAAUGAAUGAUAGUAAAAUUGUCUUCGUUUCUUAACAACAAAUGGACUUCUCUAUAGAGAUAUAGAAAGGUGACAUCAGUAUUUCUUAUGCCCCCUAAGAUGUGACUCUGCUUCAGCAGAUACUUUCCAGUUUUUAAUUUAUCCAUGACUUCUCACAACACCUGACUCCUAUAUACCUUCUAACAUCAACUAUCUUGUUUUGUCAUUUCUCUGGAGUUCUGUGUGCAGUGAGCAAUUUUUAUUCAGAAAUUAUUUGUCAUAACAAAUAUAUUUAAUAGCUCACCUUGCUGUAAAGCUACUUGUGUUCUGUUCAUUUCACUGUAAAAAUAUUCCCUUAAUUGGUUAUGUAGUAUAAGAAUAGUUGAAGAUACAUCAAAAAGGCCCUUUGUGAUAUAAUUACCCUGCCUAUGUAGAAGAAUAGUAAUCACUGAGAAAAGCUGAUUACUUGUCAUUAGCCAGUUUAACUUAUUCAAAAUCUUUUAUUGCAUACUACACUAGUGAAUUAAUAAAAAUAAACUUCUCAUUAAAGGUAGAUUUCAAAGGAUUUGGACCCAAUAUGUUCUAAAUAUUUGGAACUAAUGCCUUUAAUGUUUUUUUAAAAAAUUAAGGUAAUUUAAGAAGUUGUUUGGAAGCUUCUGACUUCUAACAGGCUUAGAGUUUUCCAUCUUCAUGGUAUGUUACUGAAGAUGGGGAUGAGGACACAGAGUAGAAUUAUUUUAGAAACAGUAAUUUUAGUUUUAAGGACAUUUGGCUAUCUCUUUGAUUUUCAGAAAGCUUAACAUUUCUUUGUAGAGAACAUUGCUUUUAUUGAAUUCUACAGGUAUGAAAACAUUGCUUACGUUGAAUUGUAUAGAUAUAAAGGAAAUAACUAUGCAGAUUUGAAAAGGAAAUGUGCCUAUAGGCAAGGGUCACAUGAUGCCCUUACCUUUGAUGGCAUUUUUUCCAUUAGAAAUGAACCUCAGUUCUUCUACUCUGCCAGGUAAUGCACAACUCCAAAGCAGGAGAUUAUUUUUUCAUUGGGUUUUUAAUGUUUGUUUAGCCUUGUUUUUCUAAUCUAGUCUUUCUGUGGAACACUGAUUCUGCUAAAAAGAGCAAAGUUAGAAAUCUGAUAAUGUAAAAUAAUUUAGAAAUGAAUUAAAAGGCGAAGUCAGGGGUUAAAAGUGGUGAUAAUAAAAUUAACAUAGUGUGUGAGAAACCCAUUCCUUACAUCAGGUUUUUAUACCAUUUCCUCAGAUAUGACUAGAUUCGCAAGAGCCUCUUGUUUUCUUCUCUCUUGGGGCUGUCUUCUUUUCCUAAUAUGUUUUUAUAACAACUUUUUAAAGAUAUAAUUCACAUACCUUAUAGCUCUCCUAUUUAAAAGGUACAAUUCAAUGGAUUUAUAAUAUAGUCACAAGUUCUGCAACCAUGACCACAGUGAAUUUAAGAACAUUGUUAUAACCCCAGAGAGAAACCCUGUACCCUUUAGCGCUCAUAGCUCAUCUCAUCGUAAUGCCUCCCAGCCCCGAACAACCACUAAUCUACUUUCUAUUUGUAUGACUUGCCUAUUCUUGUCAUUUAAUAUAAAUGAAUUUGUAUAGUAUCUGGUGUUUCAUGACUGGCUUCCCAAGUAGGGUUUUGUUCUAUGUGGAAUGAGAACUUCCCAUCUUGAGAACUGUGACUGCUCUGAAAGGAAGUGGUUGGCAAAAUCAGUAGAUGUAAAGACAGAGGGUUUCUUAGUCAACCUUGUGCUGAAUAGUUUUUCCUCAUAACCAAAUAUUCAUGAUAUACUACUACUUACAUUUAGUCUAGUCUCUAGAAUGGAUAUUGAAAUCUUUGCCUGCCUCAUCAAGAAAGUCCUGCUAAAAAUGAUGCCAAAUAAUUUGGCAGAUAAUUGACAUAGCAGUUUUCAAGUAUGUCUCACAUUGGUAGCAGCUUAUAUACCUUGGGCCAGGUGAGCUUCCCAAAUUUCUUUAAUUUCCUCCAGUGAAUUACUGCUAUCUUUUCCAAGUAUGCACCAUAGGACUGGAAUUGAUUUGCAUGCAUCAUGACACUGCUAAAUGGGUUAAGUUCAAAAUUUCAUUUCUAAUGCUAUUAAGACAGCGCAUGACUACCUAGGGUAAGUCCCAAAAAUGCAGUCAUGUGAGCUAGUUUAGCCUGCAGGUGACUAUGAUUUCAGUGACAUUCAGAAGUUUGAACUAUUCAAAGCUCUCUAGAAUAUGGGAAAUCUCACUUAUUAAUAAUCAGGGAACCAGCCGAAUGCCAUGGGCUAAUGGCUCAGCUGCAGAAAAUGUAGAUUGGUGAAUUGGAGACUAUGAUGCUCUGUAACUCCCUAAUGAUUGUUUCCUUAGCUCUGUAGCUUCUUCAGUGGCAUGGCAACAUCUUCCUGGUUGUAUGUGGCCUGUUUCCAUGAUGUAUUGAGUAGUGUUGUUUGUUGUGAGCAUCAAUGCCUGUAACACCAAGCAAAGCACAUUCUUUUGAAUGUUUCCUCUCUUUUAAUGACCUGCC